UUUUGGAGACGCUGUGGGCGAGUCGCGGAAAAGUAGAACAGUUGUUUUUGUUGCGUGUUUACGCGAGCAUGGCGGUGAGAGCGGACGUACAGAUAGUCAUUAUAGGCGGUGGGAUAUCAGGUAUAUCUGCUGCAUGCAAACUCGUUAACGCAGGUUUUCAAAAUGUGCGAAUACUGGAAGCGACGUCCAGAAGCGGAGGACGAAUUAAAACAGCCAAACUGGGUAAUACGAUUGCGGAAAUAGGUGCGAGUUAUAUCCAUGGUCCGUCGGAGGAAAACCCUUUAUUUUGUCUGGCUCAGGAUUAUGGCCUCCUGGAUCCAGAAGCUGCGAGUCCAGAAAACCAGGCUAUGGACAUCGAUGAACGUCCCCCCAGGGUCCCUAACUUUUUCAGCAGUUCAGGCCAGAGGUUAAACGCUGAAGAAAUGAGUCCUGCUUUGGAGUUAUACAACGAGCUGAUGGAUGACACAGCGCAGUUUGGGAACGUAAAGGAAAGUCCGUGGCCCAGCGUCGGACAUUUCCUUCAAUCGGAGGCACGCAAACGAGCAGCAGAGAGGUGGAGAGAUAAAGAUAUAACCACCCAGGAGCAGCUGCUGUGUGCCGUCAGCGCCAUGUUGAAAGGCGAGUGCUGUACCAGUGCGACUCACACCAUGGAAAACAUUGACCUGGUGGGAUUUUGUAUGUACAAGAGUCUACCUGGACUGGACUGCACAUUCCCAGGUGGUUUUGAAGGCCUGGUCAAGAACCUGAUGUUGGAGCUCCCUGCAGAUUUGGUCUCAUACAAUCGUCCCGUCCGCUGUGUCCACUGGAACGACACACAGAGCAGAGUGAAAGCUGUGACGGUUGAGUGUGACGACGGGGAGAGGAUCGCCGCUGAUCACGUUAUCGUCACAGUGCCUCUAGGAUACCUGAAGAAGAAUCACUCAACCCUGUUCAGUCCUCCUCUCCCGGCACACAAGCUGAACUCUGUCCACAAACUAGGAUUUGGAACGUGCAACAAAGUAUUUGUAGAGUUUGACUCUCCGUGGUGGGACGAUGGCUGCGAAAUUAUCUACCUGGUGUGGAACGACGAGAAGGAUAUUGUGGAUCAGGUGUCAGACAUAAAAAAAUCGUGGAUAAGAAAGAUGUCAACGUUCACUGUGCUCAAAGGCUCUGAGCGAUCGGCUACAUAUAAGACAAAUGGCCAUGUUCUGUGUGGCUGGAUCGCUGGGCAUGAGGCGGAGCACAUGGAGACGCUCACUGAGCAGCAGCUCAAACACUCCCUCACAGGGCUUUUCCGCACAUUCACAGGAGACUCGUCUAUAACACCAAACAGAGUCCUGCGCACACAGUGGUUCAGUGACCCCUGGACCUGCGGAUCCUACUGCCACCCAGCGAUAGGCUGUUCAGCUAAGGACCUGGAGAAUAUGAUGGAGCCUCUGCCUACGAGUGAAUCACAGUCACAGGCCUUGCAGGUGUUGUUUGCAGGAGAGGCGACUCAUCCUUUCUUCUACUCCACCGUUCACGGAGCUCUCCUCACCGGGCGGCGGGAGGCAGAUCGACUCAUCAAUCACUACGCCUCCUUCAGUUCACAAAGACAACCACAUAGAAAAAGGACAAACAAAAGGACAUAAACACUUUUCCAUUUCAUGGAAUCAUCUUAGAAA